AUGUCGGGCGGCGCGCUCAACUUUGUCACGUUCAAUCAGGACCACAGCUGCCUUGCGGUUGGCACAUCCAAAGGCUUCCGCAUCUACCAUAGCGACCCCUUCUCCAAGGUCUUCAAUAGCAGCGAUGGCAAUGUCUCCAUCAUCGAGAUGCUCUUUUCGACCUCGCUGGUAGCCCUGAUCCUCUCUCCGAGACAUCUGAUAAUCCAGAACACGAAGAGAGGCUCGGUUAUCUGCGAGCUCACCUUCCCGUCUGCUGUCCUCGCUGUGCGGCUGAACCGCAAGAGACUUGCGGUAGUGCUCGAGGAAGAGAUAUACCUCUACGACAUUGCGAACAUGAGCCUGCUCUACACCAUCGCAACAUCGCCGAACCCGACUGCGAUCUGCGCUCUAUCGCCGUCCUCAGAGAAUUGCUUCAUUGCAUAUCCCCUGCCUAAGCCGCGCGAGGACCAGAACGAACGGCGCCCCGCUCAUGCCCCCCCUCUCUCCAUGUUCGUGCCGCCAACGUCUGGCGAGGUGCUCAUCUUCGACACGGUCACUCUCAAGGCGGUCAACGUCAUCGAAGCACACCGCUCGCCCCUGUGUUGCAUAGCGCUGAAUAGCGAUGGCACGCUUCUGGCCACGGCCUCCGAGACGGGCACUAUUAUCCGCGUCUUUUCGGUCCCCCGCGGCCAGAAGCUCUUCCAGUUCCGCCGCGGUACUUACCCUUCGACCAUAUACAGCAUGUCUUUCAACCUCAGCUCGACUCUGCUGUGCGUGUCGUCUACCUCGGAUACUGUGCAUAUCUUCCGCCUGGUUAAUGGCCAGGCGCCUGGCACUCCGGCCACGGCAGAGGCCGAGGGUCCUGGAUCCCCUCGCACGAACCGCUGGUCGCGGUCCCGCAGCGUCGACAGUAUAGAGAACUCGCCGAGCAGCAAUGCCGGUUCGCCCCGCAGCGACGCGGCUGAUUACCAGGGCGCCGGCGGAUCAGGGACCCCUGGGGGUAGCUCUACAGCAGCGAACAGAAGGCAGAGCGGAACUUUCAGCAGCAUGCUCCGGCGGUCGUCGCAGAUAAUGGGCCGCAGCGUCGCAGGAGUCGUUGGCUCAUACCUGCCACAGUCUGUCACAGAGAUGUGGGAGCCCCAACGAGACUUUGCCAACAUCAAGAUCCCAAAGUCAGCCAAUGCCGCUACGCAAACUCCUAGAGGCGGCCUGGGAGGAGGUACCGGCCCUCUCCGAAGCGUGGUCGCCAUGAGCAGCAGCUCCCCACAGGUCAUGGUGGUAACGAGCGACGGUGGAUUCUACGUUUUCAAUAUCGACAUGGAGAAAGGGGGCGAGGGAUAUCUGGUGAAGCAAUUUUCGGUGCUGGAUGGAGAUGACAAGUUGGAUGCCUCUGCAGACGGCCCUUAG